AUGAAAUUUAUUCAUGCGCAGAUUGGAAUUAUCAUCGGUAGUGGAACAAACGCUUGCUACAUGGAGCAAAUCGAUCGAAUUCCGAAGCUCAAAGACAAACUGGCGGACGAUGGAUUGCCUGAUGAAAUAGUUAUGAAUACGGAGUGGGGGGCGUUCGGAGAUGACGGUUCCUUAAAAUUCAUACACACGAAAUUCGAUCGAGAAGUGGAUAGAAACAGUAUAAAUCCAGGAAAACAGAUUUUUGAAAAAAUGAUAUCUGGACUCUAUCUUGGCGAGCUGGUUCGUACGGUUUUGAAGGAACUAGCGCAACAAGGACUGCUGCUGGGCGGUCAAACGGAAGCACUGUCCAAGAAAGACCAGUUCACUACAAAAUUUAUAUCAGACAUCGAAAGGUACGUUCACGAGGCCUUUUACUGA